CUGUAAUUUAAUUAGUUUUAUUGACGUACAUUUUAAGCUUCACUAAAACAGAUUAAAAAGCAUCUUCAUAAAUCAUACGUCACCAUACGAAGAGUUUCUAAUGAACGUAAUGAAAUUUGUGAAUGUUAUACAGCUGCGGUCAUAGAAGAGCACAAAACAUGUAUAAACCCAGCAUUUUAACCAUGUCUGUGAAGCUUUCUUCUCCUCGUUUUCAUUAUGUAUCUUAGUUACAGUGAGUUGUACUAAACAUUUACAACCGCAGAUUUGAUUUAUUUUCUGAAAGAAAACACAAAGAGCAUUUGAAGCACCAACAAGAUGAGGACUGAGAAACAUUUUCGCUUUCAGCAUGGGAGGUGAUCACGGCCACAGCAAGAUGUCCAUGCCGGACUGGCGGCAGUGGAAGGUGGAAGGAACCCCGCUGGAGUUCACGCAGCAGCGACUGGCAGCCAGGGGCCUCAAAGACCCGUGGGCACGCAACGAGGCAUGGAGGUAUUCAGGCGGAUUCGCGCGCGCGGUCACUCUGUCGGAAGUUCUGUUCCGAGGAUUUAAAUGGGGCUUCGCUGCGUUCACUGUCGCUCUGGCAAUAGAGUACACCAUGUUUCCUCCAAAGAAAGGAGGACACUGAUUCUCCUCCCUGGAGCCAGCGUUAUGUAAUUUGAUCUUAUGAUAUUCUGCAUUUUCAGUUUAAUAAAGCUUCUUUUGAUCACCUU